AUGUUUCGUUUAAUACUAUCAAUAAUAGUUUUAGCCAACUAUUUAACACUAAUAUCGACAAAAAGUGUCAACAGGUAUCAACAUAGUGAUGCCGAAUCAGAUGCUAAAUACUGGACAGAUCUGUCCCGGAUGUCCAUAGAAGAUGCCUAUAGAUAUAAAUCUAUUGAAAAUCGUGCCAAAAAUGUUAUACUAUUUUUGGGCGAUGGUAUGGGUGUGUCAACCCUAACACCGUCUCGUAUAUUGAAAGGACAGCUCCAGAACCGAUCCGGCGAAGAGUCGAAACUGGCAUUUGAAGAGUUUCCAUAUGUGUCACUAAUAAAAACCUACAAUGUUGACUAUCAAGUACCCGAUAGUGCCGGUACAGCUACUGCAUUCAUGUGUGGCGUCAAAACUAACAAAGCAGUGAUAGGAGUGACCGCACGGGUUAAAUACGGCGAAACCAAUUGUCAAGUAGUCCAACAAAAUAGUAUUUCAUCGAUACUCAAGUGGGCAUUAGAUUCAGGUAAAAGUGCUGGUGUUGUGACCACUACACGAAUAACUCACGCCACACCUGCCGGUGGAUACGCUAGUGUCGCCAACCGUGACUGGGAGGCGUAUAUGCCCGAUGAGGCCAAUACUGAUCCAAAUGGUUGUAAAGAUAUAGCCAGACAACUGAUAGAAAAUUCGCCCGGUGCUAAUCUGAGUGUUAUAUUGGGCGGUGGCAGUCGAUAUUUUGUGGCCACCACGGAAAACGACACCGUUAGCGGUAAAAAGGGAUUGCGACGGGACGGACAAAAUUUGAUAGACAAAUGGCAUCAAUUGAAACGAGAUAACGGUUUGCCGGACGAGUCCUAUAAAUUUGUUACGACAAGGAAUGGUCUAAAAGCUGUUGAUUACAAUAAAGUAAACAAUUUGUUUGGACUGUUUAAUGGCGAUCACAUGUCCUACGAUAUGGAACGAGUGGUCGAACCCGAUGGUGAGCCCAGUCUUGAGGAGAUGACCGAUGCAGCCAUUCAGGUGCUCAAAAAAAAUACCAACGGAUUUGUGCUGCUUGUAGAGGGCGGACGUAUAGAUCAUUCACAUCAUGACAACUACGGUGUAAUGGCAUUGUACGAGACAGUAGCAAUGGACAGGGCUGUCGAAAGGGCUGUAAAAGUUUCAACACUCAAUGAGACAUUGAUUGUGGUUACAGCUGAUCACUCGCACACAUUUACAAUGAAUGGAUACCCUAAACGUGGAAAUCAGAUAACCGGUGUGGCCGGUAAAGAUGCCCGUAAUGUACCGUUUACUACACUAAUGUAUGGCAAUGGACCGGGAUAUGAACAGGACAGGACAGAUCCGUCAACUGUUGACACUUCUAAAUUGCGAUAUAGAAAUCUGGCUGCCGUACCAUUGAGCAGUGCCCAUCACGGGGGAGAGGAUGUUGCACUGUAUAGUGUGGGUCCGAUGGCACACAUGUUUCACGGAUCACAGGAACAGUCAUAUGUUGCACACGGCAUGGCUUUCGCCGCAUGUAUUGGACAGUUCACUGAUGGUCAGUACGAUCACUGUAUGAUGAUAUCCGGUGGCCGAUCAGUUUUUCUAUAA